GCACUCACUAAACCCUCUCUUGCUCUCUCCAUGGCACUACCCUUCACCUCCCUUAUCCCUUCCACCGCUUCCCUUCUCAACUCCCCUCUCCUCUUCCUCCCUCGCCCGUCUCUUCCGCAUUUGCCCCCUCCCGUCCGCUGCCGUCGCGGCUUUUCGGCGCUCUCGGCCGUCGGCGGCGACGGCAAAUUCGAGCCGCGCCCGUCCGACGACGACCCUCCGGAGGCCCCCGAGGACUCCUCCCACGGCCUCUCCCGCUUCCAGCAGCUCGAGCGCCACGUCGAGCGCGCCCGCCGCCGCGAGGACGCCCAGCUCAGGCGCGACCAGCCCCUCCUCCUCUCCGCCCUCGGCCUCCAAAACGACCCCCCUCCCUCUCCCCCCCACUCCUCCUCCUCCUCCGAUCCCGAUGACCUCUUCGCCGACAUCGACCGCGCCAUCGCCCAGAAGCGCCGCGAGUUCGUCGACCAAGGCCUCCUCCCCCCCAACCCCCCGCCGCAGGCGAAGGAACCCGUCAUCGAGGGCCUCGACGAGCUCACCCCCGAGGAGGUCCUCGACCUCGACGAGAUCCGCGAGCUCCAGGGCCUCACCAUCAUCUCCGCCGACGGCGACGGCGAUGCGGAUUCCCCGCAGGGGAAGAAACCCCCCAAAUCCUCCUCCUCUGACGAUGACGACGAUGGCGUCGGUUUGGAUGCCGACGUUCUUGAGUCGAGCUCGAAUGGUAAUUCGCUCCCCUCUUUGUAUGGUCUCGAUGUGGAUGAGUUUGGCAAGUCGCGGGCGCGGAUUCUCGAGCUGACAUUCAGGAUGAGCCUCGCGGAGCUUCUCGAUGAGAGCAAAGUCGUGCCCGUGUCGGUGUACGGGGAUUUGGAGGUCUCGAUCACCGGAAUUCAGCACGAUUCGAGGGAAGUAAACGCCGGCGACCUCUUUGUCUGCUGUAAUGGAUCAUCGGCCGACGGGCUCGGUUCCCUAACCGAGGCCGAUAAGAGAGGGGCCGUGGCGGUGGUGGCUGAUAAGGAGAUCAAUAUAGAUGAAACACUGGCGUGCAAGGCUCUCGUAAUCGUGGAGGACACGGAUUCGGUUCUCCCCAUCCUAGCCGCGUCCUUCUAUAAGAAUCCGUCAAAGAGUUUGGCGGUGAUUGGAAUAACGGGAACGCACGGAAUUACUACGACGACCCACUUGAUCAAGGCCAUGUAUGAAGCCAUGGGGCUGAGGACGGGAAUGAUGGGAAUUCUCGGGCACUAUGUUCACGGGGAAAACAAGCUGGAAUUUGCCGAUGUAAUACCUAAUGCAGUCGGAGUGCAGAAGCUAAUGGCGAAGAUGGUGCACAAUGGGACCGAGGCGGUCGUCAUGGAGGGUUCCUAUAACGAGGUAGAUUAUGAUAUCGCCGUCCUCACAAACCUAAGGAAUGACCAUCCCGAAUUCCAAGGGAGCGAAGAGGAGUAUAUGAAUAGCAAAGCCGGGCUCUUUGCGAAGAUGGUCGAUCCGAUGCGCCAUAGAAAAGUUGUCAACAUUGAUGAUCCCAACGCCCCCUUCUUUGUUGCAAAGGGGAAUCCCGAUGUGCCUGUUGUGACCUAUGCCUUGGAGAACAAGAAGGCUGAUGUGCACGCAUUAAAGUAUGAGCUCUCGUUGUUCGAGACCCAGGUCUUGGUUCAAACACCUCAUGGGAUACUCGAGAUCUCUUCUGGUUUGCUUGGGAGAGAGAACAUAUACAAUAUUCUUGCUGCCGUGGCUGUUGGGAUUGUAGUGGGUGCACCUUUGGAGGAUAUAGUGAGGGGAAUCGAGGAGGUGGAUGCAGUUCCAGGCAGGUGUGAGCUUAUAGACGAGGAGCAAGCAUUUGGGGUGAUCGUGGACCAUGCUCGCACGCCAGAUCAGUUAUCAAGACUCUUGGACACCAUAAGAGAACUGGGUCCACGGAGAAUCAUCACGGUCAUUGGAUGCUGUGGGGAAAAAGAAAGGGGGAAGAGACCGUUGAUGACAAAAAUUGCUACAGACAAAAGUGAUGUGGUUAUGUUGACAUCCGACAAUCCAAGAAGCGAAGAUCCAUUGGAUAUCUUAGAUGAUAUGUUAGCGGGUGUUGGAUGGACCAUGCAAGACUAUUUGAAAUAUGGUGAGAAUGAUUAUUAUCCACCCCUUCCAAAUGGCCACAGGCUUUUCCUACAUGACAUUAGAAGAGUAGCUGUGCGAGCUGCUGUUGCAAUGGGCGAGGAAGGUGAUAUAGUUGUUGUUGCUGGCAAAGGCCAUGAAACAUAUCAGAUCGAAGGUGAUAAAGAGGAGUUUUUUGAUGAUAGAGAAGAGUGCAGGGAAGCAUUACAUUAUGUUGAUGAAUUGCAUCAAGCUGGAAUAGACACCAGUGAAUUCCCAUGGAGGUUACCAGAAAGCCACUGAUUUCACUGCAUUUUGCAUUACAUGAGUGACAAUUCAAUGGCUCCUCGCAUCGCUUUCGGCUAUGGAUCGGAUGCCAUACUUCGACCUACAAGCUUUUGAGGGCUCUAGCAGGUGCGUCAACUGUGAUCGAAUUAGCAAGGAGCCGAGGAAGAAUAACUGGUGUAUGCCGAUUGCUGCGAUUCCCAAGUGAACAAAAACAUGGUAGCGAAUGAAACUCAAAUAUGUCUGAAUGCUAUCGAGGGAGAGCGGAUGAGACCAAAGUUUCUUCUUUGGACAAGCAGCAAGAUCAGCAGAUGUGGCUCGACGCAGUUUCCUCGCCCGACGGUCGUUUGUCUAAUCUUUAAAUGUUGCUUUUGUGUUGACCUCACUUCGUCGAGGUAUUGUGUGUAUGUAUAUCUGUGUUUGCAAGGAACAUAAUUACCCGGUGUAGCAGUUUAAUUACCUUAAUAAAGCAGCCCCUUCUAGUUGGAGUUCAUUUGAUUA